GAUGUGUUCCCCGUGUUUAACUGCUUUUACUUUGAUGCUGGGCCUCCUCUGGUCCAAGCCAUCUUCAACCGCGAUGUAGAGGAGGUGCGGUCGCUGCUGAAUCAGAAGGAGAACAUUAAUGUACUGGACCAAGAAAGACGAACGCCGCUGCAUGCUGCUGCCUACGUAGGAGAUGUUGCAAUCCUCGAGCUCCUCAUCCUGUCAGGUGCUAACGUUAACGCGAAGGACACUGUUUGGCUCACCCCGUUACACCGCGCUGCGGCUUCUCGNNGCCAGAAGGCACUUCACCUCCUCCUGAAGCACUCGGCAGAUGUCAAUGCCCGCGACAAGUACUGGCAAACGCCUCUGCACGUCGCCGCUGCCAACCGGGCCACCAAGUGCGUGGAGGCCAUCAUCCCCCUGCUAAGCACUGUCAACGUCGCAGACCGCACGGGCCGCACGGCGCUGCACCACGCUGUGCACAGCGGCCACCUCGAGAUGGUGAACCUGCUGUUGAACAAAGGGGCCAGCCUGAGCACCUGCGACAAGAAGGACCGCCAGCCCAUCCACUGGGCAGCUUUCCUAGGGCAUUUGGAAGUUCUGAAGCUGCUGGUGGCCCGGGGAGCUGACGUGAUGUGUAAGGACAAGAAGGGCUACACCCUGCUGCACACCGCGGCGGCCAGCGGCCAGAUCGAAGUCGUGCGUCACCUGCUGAGGCUGGGAGUCGAGAUCGAUGAACCAAAUUCCUUCGGAAACACUGCACUUCACAUUGCCUGUUACAUGGGCCAAGACGCCGUGGCCAACGAGCUGGUCAACUACGGCGCCAACGUCAAUCAGCCCAACGAGAAGGGCUUCACCCCGCUGCACUUUGCUGCCGUCUCCACCAACGGGGCCCUGUGCCUGGAGCUCCUCGUCAACAACGGGGCCGAUGUCAACUUUCAGGUCUGGCGCCGAGGGGUUGACCCUUUGCACAUGGCUGCCAUUCAUGGACGGUUCACGCGCUCGCAGAUCCUCAUUCAGAACGCUAGAUCCGGCCACGAGCUGCUAAUUAGUCCUUUGAUGACGAAUGGUGCUGACACUGCAAGGCGUGGGAUCCACGACAUGUUCCCUCUGCACUUAGCUGUUCUCUUUGGAUUUUCAGACUGUUGUCGUAAGCUACUUUCCUCAG